AUGCAGACAAUCUGGCUUCGGACUUGCUACGAUGAGGACUUAAGCGAAAAAUACGAAGACAUGAAGGCCGAGGGCGAGAUCGAGGCUGAGAUCGGCUCUAAUCGGUAUCUCGACGAUAGCAACCGCUACGCCUUUGACGACGGGACGCCAGACCAUUGGCGACAGGUUCUCGUCCGAGUGCCAGGUAUCACGGACUUGAUGGGCAUUGAUGACGAAAGAGGUGUCCUCAAAUACCGGUCGUGCCAGAAUGACGAUGAGAUUCGGGCCGAAUGUGAGGAGCUAGAAGAUGAGGAAGACAGAGCCUUGGCCCUCAAAGAGCUAGAGUUUCAGGUUGUUGUGUACCUACUGGACCGCGAGGCUAUUGAAACGGGUUUGAUCGAGAUGCUUUGGUUAGACGAGCACGGCAGCAGUGCAUGGGAGAUUCGGGUGCAUCCAUAUACUGUGGAAUGGCUUGCUGCAGCUUUUCUUGGCGCCACUCGACUGAGUGAAAUGUCGGGUGGAAGCUCUGGUCGAGGCUCCUUCAUUAGACAAUAG